GCUGAUUGAUUGAUCCAUCGGCACGACUCACUCAUCCAUCGAGUGAGUGACUCAUCGCCCACCCCACUGCCUGUGUCUCUGUGCGCCGGCUCACUCUCUGCCUCCGAGUGACUGUCACCCACCCAUCCGUCGGCCAUCCAUCCGUCGACGACGGCCAGCAAGUCGACGGCCAGCACCAAGAAAGCGGGACCCAAGCGACCUCGAACUGCCUGUAUGUCACACUCACACACACCCAUGACACAGACAGACAGACAGAGACAGAGAGAGACAGACAGGCAGCUGAUGGAGAGAGGUCUGCCUCAUGUGUGGUGUGUCUCGUGUGUGUGUGUGUGUGUGUGUCAUUGCAGACUUGUACUUCUCGAUGGAGCGCAGGCCAGAGGUCAAGGAGGAGAACCCGACCAUGGCAUUUGGAGAGAUUGCGAAGCUGUUGGGUGUGCAACAAAUACCACAUGCAACAAACACCAAAAACACCACACCCACGCCCCGUAUGCGCCAUGCAUAUGUGUGUGUAUGUGCAGGUGCUGAGUGGAAGGAGAUGUCGGACGAGGACAAGCAGCCGUACAAGGAUCAGGUCACACACUCACACAGAGACGACAUGACAUCCAUCCAUCCAUCCUCACUCUCCUCUGUCUCUCUGUCUCUCUGUCUGUCUGUGUGUGUCAGGCUGCUGAGGACAAGGAGCGCUACGAGCAGGAGAAGGCCGAGUGGGAGGAGCAGGAGGAGGAGCAAGACGACAACCAAGACGACAAGGCAUGAGCCAAGGGCAUGCACCACACACAUGACCAUCAACACGAGACGACAAGAGAGACACACCAAUGAACUGACCAUCGCACAAACAGACAGACAGAGAAGGACAAUCCAUGCAUGCCUCAUAUGCAUCGCUCUGCCCGUCUGAGUGAUCGAGUGGCUGCGUGUGAGUGAC